AUGGCCGACGGAGUGGACCCACUGUUUGAGGUGAAGAACUUCUUCCACCUCGGUUGCUACCAGGCCGCCAUCAACGCCGCCUCCACCAUUGCCGCCAGCAGCCCCGACCUCAAGGUUGAGAUGGACACCUAUGUCUUCCGCGCCUAUGCUGCCCUUGACACGGACGCGACUGCGCUGCUGGCGGUGAGGGAGCUUGUCAUCGGCUCGACGGACGAGGUCGGGCGGGCAACGGCGCUGGAGACCUUCCGCAAGUGGCUCGGCGAUGGUAUUUCUGCGGGGAAUGCUAUGGUUGUGCUUGGUGCGGCACAGCUGAUGGUGGCCGAUGGAGCGGUGGAUGAGGCACUGACGCUGCUCUCAGGCUCAACCGAGCUCGAGCCCAUGGCCUACAUGGUGUAUGUGUACCUGCAGAUGAAUCAGGUCCGGUAUGCCGAGGAGAAGGUCAAGGCCAUGGUGGCGAUCGAAGAGGACAACACGCUGACUCAGCUCGCUGGGGCUUGGGUCGGCAUUGCAAAAGGAAAGAGUGCGCUUCAGGAGGCGUACCACGUCUUCCAGGACUUUGUCGACAAGUACCAGCCGUCGACCAAGCUGCUCAAUGGCGUCGCCGCCUGCUGCAUGCACCAGGGUAACUUUGAGGAGGCCGAAGCCGUCCUUGUCUCGGCUCUUGAGCUCAACGCCAACGAUGCCGACACGCUCGCCAACCUCAUUGCCCUUGCGCAGCACACCGGCAAGGCUAGCGAUGUCAUCGACCGCUACAUGGCCCAGCUCGCCGCCCGCGAUGCCGCCCACCCGCUCCUUGCUUCCAAGGCCGAUCUCGAGACUCGCUUUGCCGCAGCUGCUGCCGCCCUGUAA